AGCUUUGGGCUCACCAACACCAGUCUGUAGUUUAAAGUUAGAAAGCUCUUCUUUAGCUCCAUCCCUAAAGUUUUUCUCUGACUGAAAAUCAGACAGAAGAAGAACAAGCGUCGGACUUCGGGUCCGAGAGGCGUUUUUUUUCUCUCGCAUGCUUUGUUUCUGCUUGAUCCAGGUGGAGGAGCACAGGAGGAGUCACACGGCUGACCCGUGACCUCCUGUUAAACAUAAACAGCUGCUCAGAUAUAAGGAGCGACGUCACCGAUCCGUUCAGUCAGAGGAACCGUCAGCAGCAUUAUGGAGGUUUUUACUUCUCUGAUGGUCAUCGGGCUGAUCUCAGCUCUGCUCUGGCUGCUUCAUCUUAGAAACACCAGGCAUUUGCCUCCUGGACCCUUUUCUCUUCCUCUCAUUGGAAACCUGCUGCAAAUAAACAACAAGGCACCUUUUACAAGCUUUGUGGAGUUCAGUAAAAUCUACGGCCCUGUGAUGACUCUUCACCUGGGCUGGCAGCGGACCGUGGUCCUGGUCGGAUAUGACGCCGUGAAAGAGGCCCUGGUGGACCAGGCAGACGACUUCACGGGCAGAGCACCGGUACCGUUUCUACACAGAGCCACCAGGGGCUUCGGUCUUGGGAUCAGCAAUGGGGAUCGCUGGCGCCAGCUGAGGCGUUUCAGUCUCACGACUCUACGAGACUUUGGGAUGGGACGCAAGGGAAUGGAGGAGUGGAUCCAGGAGGAGAGCCAACACCUGAGAGCUUGUGUACGCUCAUUCAAAGCCGAACCUUUUGACCCAUCGAUCUUGUUGAGCCGCACCGUUUCCAACGUAGUCUGCUGCCUGGUGUUCGGUCAGCGCUUCACUUAUGAAGACAAACACUUUUUGAACCUUCUGGCCACCAUAGCUGAGUUUGUAAGGUUCAACAGUAGCCCUAUAGGCAUGCUUUAUAACCUCUUCCCGCGGCUCAUGGAGAUUCUUCCCGGUAAACAGCACAAAGUUUUUGCCAACAUUGAAAUGAUCAGAGAGUUUGUGAGGAUGAAGAUCAAAGAGCACGAAGACACACUGCAUCCCGGCUCACCGAGAGAUUUCAUCGACUGCUUCCUCACCCGGAUGCAUCAGGAGAAGGACAACCCCUCUACUGAGUUCCACUACGAAAACCUGCAAGCUACCGUGCUGAACCUGUUUGUGGCGGGAACAGAAACCACCAGCUCCACCAUCAGAUAUGCUCUCAGCGUUCUGAUCAAGUACCCACACAUUCAGGAGAAAAUGCAGGAGGAGAUCGACUCUGUGAUCGGAAAGCACAGAAGUCCCAGCAUGGAGGACCGAAAGUCGCUCCCAUUUUCAGACGCUGUCAUCCACGAGGUCCAGCGCUUUCUGGACAUGGUCCCUUUCAGCCUCCCACACUACACUCUGAAGAACAUCUCCUUUAGGGGUUACACCAUACCCAAGGGGACUGUCAUCUUCCCCUUGCUGCACUCUGUCCUCAAAGAAGACAAGCAUUGGGCAACCCCCUGGUCCUUCAACCCUCAGCACUUCCUGGACCAUAACGGCAACUUUAAGAAGAAUCCUGCUUUCCUUCCUUUUUCUGCAGGAAAGCGAGCGUGUGUUGGUGAGUCUUUGGCUCGUAUGGAGCUUUUUAUCUUCAUAGUGGCGCUCCUGCAGGACUUCACCUUCUCCUGCUCUGAAGGACCCGAUAGCAUCAACCUGAUGCCAGAAUACGGCGGCUUUGCCAACGUGCCUCGGCGUUACAGAAUCAUAGCGACACCGCGGUGAAAGAAGGCUGGCAUGGGUCUGCUCUGAUGACUGGGAUAUCAGGAUGAUUGUACAGUUUGUUUCAUUCAGGCUUAAAAAACGAGUUCAGACGACAUCUUCUCAGUUAUUGUUGUGAGGUCUCCCUUCUUGUAUGUUAUUUUAAUUUAUUUGUAUAUUUCAAUCAAUUAUGGCUCUUUUUGCUUUCCGUAAAGCAGUUUUUUUAUAUAUCAACUAUAAAUGUAAGAUCAGAAUUCAAAUUUAUUUCUAAAUAAAGUAAUAAAACUAACAAAAUUUCAGUCGUCUUUAAAAAAACAAGCAAUGUGAUAUUAAAAUAUUUAAUUUACUGUUUGGAAAUUUGGGGAGCCACAAAACUUUUACUCCACCUUUGUUUGUUUGACACAAAAGAGCACUGAGGAUCAUUAAUAACAGGAACUUACUCUAAUCCAUUAUUCGUUAGGUAUGAAAUACUGACAUUUACUGACUUGGUGGAGUGGAAAGUAUUGCAAAUAAUGUACAGAGCAAAGACGAGUAAUUUACCAACUAAUAUUCAUGUUUUGUAAGAGAGUAAAAAGGGACUGAUGUCUUUAAAAAACCUGAAUUCAGAACCAAAAUGAAGGAAUGUAAUAUUUCUGUAAAUGGUGUAAGAAACGCCCUUAAAGGGGCAUUAUGGAAGUGUGACAGCCAAAACAUGUAUAGAAAUAAUAAAUGUCUUCUUCAUACAUUCUCCUGCAAUGCCCUGGUCCUGUAGAAUGAGCCCUGGCAUUUUUACUGUGAUUGCCUGUUUUUCUGUAAAAUCACAGAAAAAGAGAGAUGCUCGGGUCGAGCAGGCUGCUUCAUGCGCGUUCACGCUCAGGCAUCGCCCGUAGCAUUUGCUAUCCGUAGCUUUAGCAGCAGAGAGAGAGGCAGUGCCACUUUGUCGCUGUUCCUAACGCCUAGUGACAAAGCUAGCUACAUUUCUGAGGACCCUUAGCUACUUUCUGUAGAACUUUCUUCUAGAUAUUUCCUGCUAAUUAGCAACAAAAUAGCCAUUUUCACCCCGAACCGUUCUUUGGUUUGACGUUGUUUCAGCUGUCAUCAAGGAUAUAAACGUUACAGAUGCAAAAGACGCCACUGGCGCUUUAGUUCACCUAGUAAGACGUCGGACUCUCGUGCAGAAGACCUGGGUUUGAUUCUGGAUGUGAACAUAGUUUAUUUAGAGUUUCUUUUUUACAUUAAUGGUAUAUUUUUUUACAGUAAGAUGUCCAAAUUUUUAUUUGAGACUCGCCGAACGGCAUUGAAUUCACAGAUAAAAAAGAUGUGGGUUCAACUUUCAUUUUGGAACAAUUUUUCAAGCAAGGGAAGGGAAUGAUCUGAGCAUGCAGGAGGACUGACCCAUCAUCAACCUUUGUCGGCUGUGCUGAAGAGAAAGGUACAGAACCAAAUUAUUUAAUUAAUUAGCUGCAUGUUCUCCUGUCCUCUGGGCCACACACACACACACGCACACACGCGCACACACACACACACACACACACACACACACACACACACAUGGCCGACGAGAAAGUGCAGCUGCAGAGACAGAGGCACAUUAUUUUAUUAAUUUGCUGUGCUCAUCUGUCCCCCCCCCCCCCCCCCCCCCCCAAACACACACACACACGCAGGACUGUCUCAGCUGCUAUUUUCGUUAAGGAGUGUGCACGUACAGCAUGCGCGCCUCAUGCACGAGCCUACUAUUGAAGCUGCCGUUACGCUUUUGGCCUGAGGGGGCAAUCGCGAGCAUAAAAAUUCAAAACUCCGCAAAGUCCCUUAACAGUGAAAUUAAAGAAUCAAACUCACUUGCUAUAUUUAAAAAAUGUAUAAAAUCAAAUGUAUUAAGUAAUUAUGAAAAGGUGAACUAAAAUGUCAGUGAUUAUAUAUAAAAAUUAGAAAGGGACUGAGGUUAUAUUGUGUGUUUUACAGAUAAUUUACUGAAAGGGGCAGAAGUUAUAAGAUUUUUCUUCUAUCUGCUCCUUUUCAUUCAAAUGUUAUUUUUGUCAUGUUCUGUAUUUGCUUGUGUUUAUUUUUUAAAUUUUGAAUGAAAUAAAAGUGAAAAAAAUA